GUUUCCUGUUUUUUUUACCUGAUCUUCAGUCUACUACAAGAAGAUCCGCUCGGUCUAUUCUUUCUAUAUCUAUAGUUCGAAGAAAUCAGUAAGAAUGAUAGGAAAAAAGAUGAAAAUGAAGAAACAUCUCCAACAACCUACAUCGUCUUACGCCGACUAUUCGAUAGCGUCGACGGACGACGAAGACAUCGGUAAAGAUUUUGGUUCUUUCAUAAACGCGCCGCUUUCGAAAGGCGGGCAUUUUAUCUUCAAAUCGGAGAAGGACUGGUCUUCUGUCGACUUCUCAUCGGAAUACUCGGAAUUUUUUACUUUGAAUCUAAAUACACUGUCAGCCGCACUUGAUAGCAUUCCGUUUAACGAGUACAUUGAUGUAAAUGAUGGGUAUUUUACAAGCGAUCAAUUAACGAGUAUUUAUAAUAAAGCGGAGGAAUGUAAAGCAACUUAUAAUUGCAUUCUGAAUAUUGUAAAGACAUCUAGUUCUUCAGAUACUAUAUAUAUGGAAAAUAAGAUGAAUAAGAAUGCAGGAACAGAACAAUUGGAAUCACUGAGAGAGACGAAAUCUUUAUCAGAAGAUUGUUUCAAUAACUUGGAAGAUGAUGUAGAUGUCUUAUUGUCUUUGGAUGAACCCAUUCAGAAAAAUUUACCAAAAAUCACACAGACCUUUAGUAUACCUACUAUGUCCAUGUAUUUCAGCAAUAAUUCUAAACCGAAAUCAAAAGAUGUCCCAACUAAAUCAUUAGAUCUGGAGAAAUGGUUAGAUUCUGUCUUGGAUGAUUAAUUCCUAUUUUUCUAUAUAAAAAAGUACCGCAAUAUUUACUUGAUGCGAAGGAAAGGUUGUUAAAAAAAUAUCUACUGAAACAUUAUACUAGUUACCAAUGGAGUAGGUGCACUAGCGCCAAAUAAGAAGAACUGUUUAUAUUGCUCGAAUGUAAAAAACUAAAAAUACAAUGUGUAUAAAGGAGAUGAAAAGCCUA